AUGUCACAGAAUAUUUUGAAAAGCAGCUUGGAAAAUGCUUCGUUCAAUAUUAUAUUUCAGGUAUAUACACCAAUACAACAGUUACAUUAAAACUUGUAUAUUUCAUAGCAAGAAAUAUCGUUCUCUGCUAUGUGAGGAAACUUACAUCAUAUUUAUAAAUAUCAAAUGUACUGCUAUUAUUGAUAAUUGUAUCUAUAUAUAUUUAAAAAACUUUGAUUAUUUCUAUUAAUAUUUGAUAAUUUCUAACAUGUCAAAAAAUAAUUCAUCCUAAUCAAUAAUUUCUAAUAUAUCAUAUAUCACAAAAAUUAAGAUUUAUUGUGUAAAAAAUAAUUACAAUAAUAACUUUUUUCUAGAUAUUAUGCAGAGGAGUCACUUUCGUUUUAAAUGCCUUUGUUGUUCGGCAUGUAGGUCAAGCUGUUUUAGGAGUCAUAAAUGUGAGACUAUUAUUAUUGGAAUCAAUGAUUUUGUUUCUAUCUCGUGAGCCAUUUAUGAAAGCGUGUUUAACUAACACUGCAGAACACAAUUGGGCUCAAGUUGUAAAUUUAUUAUGGAUGACGGUUCCUAUAUGUUUUCUAAUGUCUCUAAUGUUUGGAUAUAUUUGGCUUUCUGUUUUAUCAGCAUCUGAAGAGUUACCAUCAUAUUAUACAUUUGCAGUUUGGGCAGUUGCUUUGUCUUGUAUUAUUGAAUUAUCAUCUUUGAUUGUUCAACUGGUUGCUAGUGCAUUUUUAUUUGUUAGAUUGAAAAUUAUACUUGAUACUAUCAUGAUUGCUAUUCGCACUAUAACAUUUGUUCCAUUGAUACUACAUAAUCCAGAGAAUGCAUUGUUAGCAUUUGGUGUAGCUCAACUAGUUGCAGCAAUAUUUUAUACUACUAGUCAUUAUUUAUACUUUCAUUAUUAUAUUAAGAAACUUAACAAGUGUAAGCUGAAAAGGCGAAUGUCAUUGAAAGAUAGUAGUGACGAAUAUGUUGUGAAGGAAUUUCCAUUUAAAACAAUAAAGGAUUUUUUGCCUGGACAAUUGGCAAAUAAAGAAUCAUAUUUAGAUAAAAAGUUGACUGUUCUUAUAUGGAGCUUCUUUAGACAAGGAAUUCUAAAACAAGUUUUAACAGAAGGAGAAAGACUAAUUAUGACAGUAAUCCCUGUAUUAACAUUUACUGAACAGGGAACAUACGAAAUUAUAAAUAAUUUAGGUUCUUUAGCGGCAAGAUUUAUUUUCCGUCCAAUAGAAGAAAGUGGGUAUUUUUAUUUUACCCAAAUGGUAAAACGAGACAAAUCAAUUAAUGACCAAAAUCCUGUGAAAAUACAAGAAAGUGUAAAUGUGCUUACACAUUUAUGUUCAGCUGUAAUGUCAAUUGGUUUAGUUGUUUUAGUAUUUGGACAAUCAUAUUCAAGCACACUUUUAUGGUUGUAUGGUGGUGCUAAAUUAACUUCACAUUUGCCAGUACUCUUAAUGCGAGCACAUUGUUUAGCUAUACUUCUUUUGGGAAUAAAUGGAGUAACAGAAUGUUACACUAAUGCAACGGCUGAUAGUGUGACUAUAAACAAAAGCAAUUUGAUUAUGAUUUACGAAUCGAUUGCUUUUCUAUGCGCAUCCUAUUUAUUUGCUAUUUGGUUUGGACCAGUUGGUUUCAUUCUUGGAAAUUGUGUAAACAUGAGUUUAAGAAUUGUCCACUCUACUAUAUUUAUCAAUAAAAGAUACAAAGAUACAAUGUACCGUCCAUUACGUGGAUUAGUGCCAAAGCCUAUGUUUUCUGCUUCUCUUUUCAUAGCAGCAUUGACCACUAAUAUCUCUCAUGCUUACUUUUUCCCAGAUGAAAAAGUAUUGCACUUAAUUAUUGGAGUCAUAAUGUUUAUGAUAGUACUUGUAUCUUGGAUAUAUGAGCAUCAUGAUCUAAUUAGACUUGGUACAAAUAAAUGGUAUGAAAGAAGAAAUAAACAAAAAAAAAGUGACUGA